AUGGGGUACCCCACAAAAAAAUUAUUUCAGUCUACAAUUGAUCAUUUUCCAUUGAACCCAUUGUACUCAAGCUGCAGUAUCUCAGUGUAUGCUGAAAUUGGUGUUGCUAAAAAGCCACUUCAUUGUCCUAUUAAACUUAUUGGAGUAGAUCCUUCAAAAAUUGUCUACAUCAACAAAUCACCUCCUGCUCUUCCUCCAUCAAUGAACAGUACUAGUUCAAGCUCCCCUAUUGCUAGUAUCAGUCAAACCAGGAGAGAGACUGAAGAAGGUACAUUUAGAUCUGAUAUUGCUCAUAGAGUAAUGACAGAAUGCACUGGAAUGAUAAAGGAAAGGGUUGGUCUGUAUCCACUGAUAGACAGGCUGGUUGAGAAGAGGAUGAUAAGUGAUGCUGGAAAAGGUCAAAUUGUUGAUACCAGCACUGGACUAACUGCAAACUAUAGAAUGGACGAGCUACUUAGUUUAGUUAAAGCAUCCAUUAGAGAGGAUGGAGAAGAUUUUGGUUUGUUUCUAGAAAUAAUUAAACAAGAGAAUACAAGAAGAGCUGAUAGACUAGCACAAAGACUAUUGGACAAUUAUAAAAGAUUAUCAUACAUGUAAUUUUUGAUUUUGAAUAAUUAAUUUUUAUUGAUUCUUAUCAA